AUGGCUUUGUUAGGUAGCAGCUCCGUUUUGGGCGCCUUCGCUUUGCCCCCUCUGCGAAAUGAGCCUAUUAUCGCUUAUGGCCCAGGAACCCCUGAGCGGUCCUCACUCGUCGAGGAGAUGGCCACGAUGAAGAAAGAGAUGCCAUUCGAAGUCCACCCUAACGUGAACGGUAAAGAUGUUGUCGGUGUCGCAGAGCACACCCAGAAGAGCCCCUUCGAGCACAAGCUCGCCGUGGCAAAGUAUUCCCACGCAACUCCCGAGCUCGUGGACAAUGCCAUUCAAGGAGCACUCGAGGCCAAGAAGACGUGGUCCAAAACGUCUCUGCACGAUCGCGCUGCCAUCUUCUACCGGGCUGUUGCUUUGCUCAGAGGACCAUACCAGUAUCGUAUGAUGGCAGCAACUAUGCAUGGGCAGGGCAAAAAUGCCUACCAAGCCAGCAUUGACUGUGCUGCCGAGUCCAUUGACUUUCUCACAAUGUUCCCAUCCCUUGCGGAGAAGCUCUACCAAGCUCAGCCUCCGUUCAACGCCCCCGAUGUGUGGAAUCGGAGCGAAGUCCGUCCUCUAGACGGCUUCGUUUAUGCUGUCUCGCCGUUCAACUUCACCGCCCUGGCCGUCAACCUUGUCUUGGCUCCCCUCAUCACGGGAAACGUUGUCAUCUGGAAGCCCAGUCCCGGUGCUAUCUACUCUAGUUGGCUGUUCAACCACAUCAUGAUCGAGGCUGGCCUUCCAGCCGGCGUCCUCCAAUUUCUGCCAGGUGAUGCCGAGCAGGUGACGGCCCAGAUCUUUCAAAGUCGCGACUUUAGCGGCCUCCAUUUCACGGGCAGCACGACCGUGUUUCGACAGCUUGCAACCACUAUCGGCUCCAAGAUGAACUUUUGGAAGUCAUACCCACGUAUCGUGGGCGAGACAGGUGGAAAGAACUUCCAUCUCAUCCACCCAUCUGCGGAUGUGAGGAAUGCUGCACUCAAAUCUAUUCGUGCAGCUUUCGAGUACCAGGGACAGAAGUGCAGCGCCUUAUCCCGCGUCUACUUGCCCGCAUCGUUAGCCGAAUCCUUCAAGGAGAUCCUUGUCCGCGAAACCGAAGCUCUCACCAUGGGCGACAAGUUUACAGACUUUAUGGGACCUGUCAUUAGCCAGUCUGCCUUUGAUCGCGUCUCAAAGUACAUCCAGGACGCCAAGAAUACUUCACACAUUAAGGUCCUUGCUGGGGGCACAUACGAUGACUCAACCGGCUACUACAUUCGACCAACAGUGGUCGAGACGUCCGACCCCAAAUCCCGCUUCAUGACCGAGGAGAUCUUUGGGCCUUUCCUGUGUCUGUAUGUGUACGACGAUACCGACUUUGGUCCUAAGAUCUUUGAGCUCAUCGACGAAACCACCGAAUAUGCACUCUCGGGUGCCGUCUUUGCCAAGGACCGUCAAGCUAUCGUUGAAGCCACUGAAGGGCUUCAAUUUGCGGCUGGUAACUUUUAUGUCAACGACCAGUGCACAGGCGCGAUGCCAGGUCACCAGCCAUUUGGUGGUUCCAGAGCCAGUGGCACCAACGACAAGGCCGGUUCUUUGGGUUUGUUGACGAGAUUCGUGUCCUCCAGGACAAUCAAAGAAGGCUUUGCCACCAUUGAUUCGGUGUUGUACCCAUCAAAUCAGGAGUAG